AUGAGGAACAAUCUAUCUCUUCGUUGGCCGGAGGACAUUCGAUAUAGAAAAGAUGUGAAUGACAGCGCUCCCUGCUAUUGUAUCACCUUCACCACCAGAAAGAAUAGAGACCAUUCUCCAGAUUGGCAAGUCUUUGCCCACAAUGACAAAGGAAGGAAGUCUACCGCUGUCAUGGAAGACACUGAGACCCGAGACCCAAACCCAGAUCCCAGAUGUUUUGUCCGACCUGCCUUAAAUAAAUUAUUACGGCGCCGAUGGAAUAUCUUCUGCCUGUCACCGGAAAAAGGUUCCGAAGCAAAAAAGAUGCUUUUGGCACUCAAUGAAUGGCUAGAGGUGCCCGAGAAGAAGCUCCAGGUCAUCGUUAGGGCGGUUAAUUUGCUACUCACCGCUUCUCUACUAAUAGGUGACAUCGAAGACGGGUCCUUGCUGAGACGGCGACAGCCAGUUACCCAUAAGGUCUUCGGUGUAGCGCAAACAAUCAACUCAGCCAAUCAUACAUAUUUCCUAGUUCAGCAGUGUGUACAGCAGCUCGGAAACCCACAGGUAGUCGAGAUUUUCACAGAAGAGCUACUGAAUCUCCAUCGAGGGCAAGGAAUGGACCUCUUCUGGCGCGAAACCCUUAUCUGCCCCACUGAAGAGGAGUACUUGGAUAUGAUAUCAAACAGGACCGGUAGGCUUUUCCGUCUUGCGAUUCGACCUUUGCAAGCCGAAAGCUUGCGAACCAGUUUCUGUCGCUCGUGGGCUUAAUUGGCCUGAUAUUUCGGAUCCAGGAUGAUUUCAAAAAUCUAUGGUCAGGCGCCUACACCACCAACAAAGGACUUUGCGAGGAUAUUACUCUGGGAAAGUUCUCGUUCCCAUCAUUCACAGCAUUCGCUCAAAUGCGGGAAACCGGCAGCCUCAACACAUUCUAUGGCAACGCAAUACUGAUAAGGAGCUGAAGGAAUGCGCAAGGGGCUUGAUCGAAUCGACCGAACGCGAUCAGUAUUGCAGACAAAAGAUAAUAUUGUAUAUGCAGGCUGCGCGGGCUUCGGUGAAGGAUGUUGAGCGCGAGCUUGGCGAAAACACCCAAACAGGUGCUGUCCUAGACUUCUUGAAACGGUAUUAG